GUCUCAUACAAGAAUUUGUGUAAUUAAAAAUGAUACGGAAGAAAAAACCCUAAAUUUUGCCCUAGAAAGAUUUCAGAAUUCAGGGAAAAGUUUUCAGAAGAAAAAAGCCCUACACUUUGCUGCUUCAUCUUCUCUCUGAUCGACAUUCGACUCCAUUGCUGCUUUAAGCCGAUUCGCCAGCUGCUCGGCUGCUCCAGAACUUAGGGUUUGAAAUUUGAAGGAAAUUCCUAGAGAGAUACAGUUUCGUCUGCCAUUGCCAUAUCCAUGAAAUCCAUCAGACACUGAGGUUCUUGAUCUAGCUGGGUAGUUUUGAGAUAAUGCAUUUUUCUCCAAGGAUUGAUUUUGAUAUUGAUUUUGGAGUCUGCCGAAUUCCACUGCUUACCAAGUUUUUUUUGUUCUUCCUUCCCAAAAUAAAACUAUUUCUGUUCAAUUGUUCUAAAUUUGUUUGAUUGCUUUGGCUUAUGUUAAACAUUGUUUGUUGUUUCUACAAUUGUCCAUCAAACCUUUUUUAAUUAAGUUAGGGUUUUUGCCUGGUACAAUUUCAUAUUGUUCAUCCCCAACACCUAUAUUGACUACUCCGAGAGUAACAUGCCACUAUCUACGCCUGAUGUGGGGGGCUAUGGCAAAGCCUGUGUCAUCCUUAAGGCUUGGGGGCCGGGCAACCCUUGGCCAUGAGUCCCGUUAAAAUGGAAAUUUUUUGUCCAUUCAUUCUCCCCAUCAUAGUCAUCUAGGAAAAAGUAUGUGACACCUUUCGAUAAGGAAACCACUAUAGUUACACAUUGACAAAGUUGCUCUCUAUGUUUAUCCAUUGCAAAUUAUCAUCCCCUUGUUCAUUGCAAAAGGUGUAUGUGGUAGAGUUGAAUGUUUGAAUUACUGGGUGCAAUUGUAUUUGGUUGCAAUCGAAAAUAGGAAGCAUUCAACUUUAUCAUAAAUGAUAAUUAUAUAUUUGCUUAAGUUUGGAAUAAAAGAGUCCUAUUACAAAUCGAAACAAAUAUAAGGAUUCUAAUUUUUAUCGAUUAAAGCUUAUUUUUACCGAUGAAAGAUUGAUAUAUACUUUAAUUAGUACUAAACUUCAUUGAUUAAAACUGGUUUUUUAUUAGAUGAACUAACAUUUUUGUGAUAUGUUGAUCGGAAAUUUGUACUCACUCAGUCUCAUUGAGAAUGCAACAUUUGAAUUUCCAAUGCGUGAAUUUUAAAAAAUUUGUUGCAAUCAGUGGGACAAUGGAAUUAUCUUAGAGUUGGGAUUAAAAAUAUUGGGUUUAAAUAAAAUUUGGGCCACGCGGGGACCUAUUGACAUUUGACAUCCUUAUUACUUAUCUUUUUAGCCCCCUUUUCUUUAAUCGAAGCUCCCUAGCUCUUCACCUUUCGCCAUAAAAAGCUUCUUUUUCUUUCUACUCAUCUCAAUCUCAAAUUUCAUCAUUAACAAUUUUUAUUAUCUGAUGAGAAGAGAAUAACAAGAUUACCUAGUAAUUUAUUGUUAAAUUUACUUUUUAUUUGUUGUAAUUAUGUGUUAGCGGCAAUUUGUUUUUUUCCAAAAACAAGAUCAAAUUCUUGAAGUUGAGAAUCAUUCAUCUGCUUUUUUGUAUUACAGUGAUUUUAGGGCGGAAUAGUUUACAUUGGUAACCAAUCAAAGAUGAAAAUGGGUGGAAAGAAAGGAGGUGGGAAAGGAGGAGGCGGAGGAUAUAGUUCUUCCAAGAGUGGUUUGGAAUUAAAUGGCAUUCCUUUGGAUUACCGCUCAAUCAUGAAAGAAGUUGAACAUCUUGGCUCCACAAGUAUGACAUGGAAAGAAAAAAAGGAUUUGCAGAAUAAGAAGGUUGUUUCUUUGGGCGGAAAGGCUCCUAAGCAGCAGAGACGACCUCUAAGUGUAGCACGGCUAAUGAUGAAGAAUCAAAAGAAAAGAGAAGAGAAGAUGUUACAACAUGAGCUGCUAAUUGGACAAUGUGGGGAAAAUUUACUUAAGAGGGCAAAAAAACCUGAAGAGAAGCGCAAGCCUGCAGGCUCGAUACUGAAAUCAAGUGAAGGACGUUUUCGAAAUGGAGUUCUUGAUGUCAAACAUUUACUAAAAGCUGCUCCUCUGCCCAGGGAUGAUGAUCGUGGUCCUCCUAUGGCUAGGGCUAUUGGCAGCAGAGGGAAGAAAAAGAAGGGUGGUAAAAAGAAGGGUGGCAAGAGGAAAGGUGGUGGAAAGCGCCACUAAGCAGAUUGCAGGUUAUUGACGAGGGAGAAAAACAUUGUGCAUUGUAAAGGACAUACAUCCUGAGAAGAAACCAACAAGAUUUGGGUGAGAAAACUACGUUAUAACAUGCUCGGAAAUCUUCAUGCCUGUUUUAUGCUAAGAUGCAAAAAUAUUACUACAUGUUCAAUGCUUUGCUCCAAAUUUUAUUUAUGGCUUAGGUUGUGAACUUGAGCCAUUGAUGAAUGAAUAACAGUUUCAGCUGCUGUGUUUAUUGUUGAGUCGAUGGUUACUUUCUGCCAGUUAUUAGCAUUGUAAAACUCGUAAAAAUCAGUACAAAGUAGUGGUGUUCUCUACUCUUGUCCUUUUUAUGCAUCUCAAAACUUUUAUUUCACAUUGAUUCAUAAUAUUGUAUCGUAUAGCUCACCAUUUUAUCCGACUAUGUAAUUCAUGUUCUGCUAUUAUCGGAAAACUGAUCAAUACUAUUACUGCCCUGCUUGCCCCUGUGUA